AUGGCUAGGUCUCAAAAUUUGUUUACAUGCAUAAUAUUCAUGACUCCUUUUGUGAUAGCUAUGAGCAGAAGAAUCAGCAUUGACGAGAAAAUAAAUAGUAAUUGGAUUGAUGCACAUGCAACGUUCUAUGGUGACAUGACUGGUAGAGAAACCAUGCAGGGAGCUUGUGGGUAUGGUGAUCUUUUCGAACAAGGUUAUGGCCUUGCGACAACUGCCCUAAGCACUGCACUCUUCAACAGUGGAGGCACUUGUGGUGCAUGUUUUGAGAUCAUGUGUGUCAAUGAUCCACAAUGGUGCAUACCAAAUGCUGGCACAAUCACAGUCACAGCCACCAAUUUAUGCCCUCCUAGCAAUAACCCUAGUGCAAAUUGGUGCAACCCCCCACUUCAGCACUUUGACUUGUCCAUGCCCAUGUUCACAAAACUUGCACCAUAUAAAGCUGGAAUCAUCCCUGUUCAGUAUCGCCGAGUCCCAUGUAUUAAGAAAGGAGGAGUUAGGUUUCAGAUAACAGGAAAUCCAAAUUUUUUGCUUGUACUGUUGUACAAUGUUGGAGGCGCUGGUGAUAUUUCUGAUGUCAAAGUCAAGGGCUCUAAUACCAAUUGGAUUCAGAUGACACGCAAUUGGGGCCAAAAUUGGCAGACUGGCACACCUUUAGUAGGACAAAGCUUGUCAUUCCAAGCGACUACUAGUGAUGGGAAAAUGUUGGAGUUCGAUAAUGUUGCACCUCCUAAUUGGCAAUUUGGUCAAAGUUACCAGGCCAGGAUUAAUUUUUAG